CUCCGUGGCUGUAGAUUUGUAAAUAAAAACGUGGUGAUGUGACACAGCAAAUAAGAGGACGAGGAAGUUCCAGAUAUUUCGCAAAUAAUAUAUGAAAUGUGUAAAAUAGACGGGUUAUUGCAGAGACAUUCCUUUUACAGCAAGAUCAGCCAGGCAGGUCAUCACAUGGGAGCGCCAUUGACUCAAUGCCAGCAUCAAACUGCACGGACAGUGAUAGAAACGCGGAAAAUCUCGCUGAGCCGGGCUCAAGAAAAGUUUGUCAAUUGAGAGAAUAUACCGACCGACCACUUAGCCUAGGCUGUUGUUCAUGUCCGUGACAUUAUCCCCUGAUGACUGUCUGUAUGUGAACAUCGGAACGCCUCCGCUACAGCCGUUGCACCUGUCUGCACAGCAGCAAGCCUUCAUCGGAACCAUAGCCCACACACUACAGACAAGACACUUUUCACAGGAUAACCGACAAUAGGAGGAUUUGGAAUUUUAUUUAUUUACUUGAACACUUUCGGGCUGAAUUGCAUCCCGGCGAAGCAUUGGUUAGGCUACAUAUUUGCUGACGAUUAAUUGAACAAGCAUGCCGAACUACAUGGCAAGUAUAGUUUUUGUUUGUGGCCUGUUUUGCCCUAUGCUAUAGUCUAUUAUUUUAGACUAGCCUACUGAUUCUGUUGGAGCAAAAGCCUAUAGAUUUCAAAACUGAACCUAAGGGCACACACAUUAUAGCAAAACUAAUUCGCUAAUGAUGUGGUUUCCUACCUAGCGGUUACAACUGCCGGAAACAUUUUUUAAUGGAGUAAAUCACCAAUACGGAUCCAGGAUUCAACUAUGCCUGUAAGAAAAAAAGACACAGCUAGGGCCCUAGGCCUUUUGGAAGACUACUGUGCUAAACUGAGGAAGCCAGAGGAACAACAGCUCAAAACUGCCAUUCAGAGAGUGAUGGGGGUCCUCAAAAGCAGCCUGUUCCAAGCACUGCUUGACAUCCAGGAGAUCUAUGAGGUGACGCUAUUGAACACCCAAAAGAGCUGCGAGCAGAAGCUGGAAGAGAUCAACCACAUGGCUGACAAGUGGGAGCAAACAGGCACGGGCUUCCCCACCACGGUGCUACAACAUUCCUGCCCAACAGAGAUGAGGGAGCGGAGCAGCUCGGAGCCCAGUAGGAAGGUGCAUACCGAGAUCAGUGUAAAAGUCUCUGAACAGUAUCGUUAUGAAGAUGAGGACUCUCCGCCUGAGCACGGGUUCCCGCGGCUGACCAACGAGGUGCGCGCCCCUGAGUUGGUGCACGUGUCGGAGAAGAACCUCUCAGAGAUUGAGAAUGUGCAUGGCUACGUGUCCCACUCCCAUAUCUCCCCGCUCAAGCCUGCACUGGUUACCCGUUUUGAUCUUACAUACCCGACUGCAGCAAACUACCUGGCGAGUCCCGCCCCAAUAAUUGUCAACACGGAUACUCUGGAGUCUGUACCUUACGUGAACGGGACAGAAAUUGAAUAUGAGUUUGAAGAAAUCACGCUAGAGCGGGGGAACUCAGGGUUGGGCUUCAGCAUAGCUGGAGGGACAGAUAACCCCCAUGUCGGCGAUGACCCAGGGAUCUUCAUCACCAAGAUCAUCUCUGGUGGCGCGGCAGCAGAGGAUGGCAGGUUAAGAGUGAAUGACUGCAUCCUGCGGGUGAAUGAUGCGGACGUGUCCGAGGUGUCCCACAGUAAGGCUGUGGAGGCACUGAAGGUGGCCGGCUCCAUCGUCAGCCUCUACGUUCGCCGGAGGAGACCCAUGCUGGAAACUGUCAUUGAGAUCAAACUCAUCAAAGGACCAAAAGGGCUGGGCUUUAGCAUCGCAGGAGGGGUGGGCAACCAGCACAUCCCGGGGGACAACAGCAUCUAUGUAACUAAGAUCAUAGAUGGCGGUGCAGCACAGAAGGACCAGCGCUUGCAGGUUGGAGACAGGCUGCUUAUGGUGAACAACUACACUCUGGAAGAGGUCUCCCACGAGGAGGCAGUAGCCAUACUGAAGAACACGUCUGACGUUGUCUACCUGAAGGUGGGCAAGCCCACCAGUGUUUACUUAUCAGAUCCCUAUGGGCCACCUGAUAUCACGCACUCGUUCUCUCCAGCAAUGGAAAAUCAUAUCUCUUCCGUGGGAAACAACGGCACUCUGGAAUACAAGUGCAGUCUUCCCCCCAUGCCCAUCUCCCCCGGAAGGUACUCCCCCCUCCCAAACCAACUACUCGGGGAAGAGGACAUAAACAGGUUGGAUGGUUUUUCCUUCUUACGAAAUGCCUCAAUAGAUGACGGAGAGGGUCACAGGUUUGAUUCGCAGCACUUCCAGUUGAGGCCUCCUGAGCCAGUUUACAGCACUGUGAACAAACUGUGUGACAAAACACCUUCUCCCCGCUGCUAUUCCCCCAUGGAGUGUGACAAAAGCCUCCUCCACUCCAUACCCUUCCCUCACUAUCACUUAGGCCUGCUCCCUGACUCCGAGAUCACCAGGGAUCCCAGGAGGAUGGUCCUCCACAAGGGCUCCACAGGCCUGGGAUUCAACAUCGUGGGCGGGGAGGACGGAGAGGGCAUCUUUGUCUCCUUCAUCCUGGCGGGAGGGCCCGCCGACCUAAGCGGAGAGCUGCGGAGGGGAGACCAGAUCCUGUCGGUUAAUGGCAUCGACCUACGCGGGGCCACCCACGAGCAAGCGGCUGCAGCACUAAAGGGGGCGGGCCAAACGGUCACCAUCAUUGCCCAGUACCGUCCCGAGGAACUUGCUUUGUGCUCCCCGCGCCGGGCCCCUUCGCCAGCACCAGAGUACGGGCGCUUCGAGGCCAAAAUCCAUGAUCUGCGGGAACAGAUGAUGAACCACAGCAUGAGCUCUGGGUCCGGAUCCCUCCGAACCAAUCAGAAACGCUCCCUUUACGUCAGAGCACAGUUUGACUAUGAGAAGGCCAAAGACAGUGGCCUCCCUAGCCAAGGCCUCAGCUUUAGAUACGGGGACAUCCUCCACGUCAUCAAUGCCUCAGACGAUGAAUGGUGGCAGGCCCGAAGGGUGACCCCCGAUGGGGACAGCGAGGAGAUGGGGGUCAUCCCCAGCAAGAGGAGGGUUGAGAGGAAAGAACGAGCACGUCUAAAGACAGUGAAGUUCAAUGCCAAACCUGGAAUGGAUUCAAAAGGGUCAUUCAAUGACAAGCGUAAAAAGAACCUCAUCUUUACACGAAAGUUCCCAUUCUACAAGAACGAGCUGGGUGAGCAGGAUGGCAGUGAUUCCGAACGGAGUCAAGAGGACAUGAUUCUCUCUUAUGAGCCUGUCAUUCGACACGAGAUUAAUUACACCAGACCCGUCAUAAUCCUUGGACCGAUGAAGGACAGAAUCAAUGACGACCUGAUAUCAGAAUACCCGGACAAAUUUGGCUCCUGCGUGCCGCAUACCACUCGAUCAAGGAGGGACUACGAGGUCGAUGGGCGGGACUACCAUUUUGUAAUGUCCAGAGAGCAGAUGGAGCAGGACAUCCAAGAGCACAAGUUCAUUGAGGCGGGCCAAUACAACGACAAUCUCUACGGAACCAGUGUUCAGUCGGUCAAAUAUGUGGCUGAGAGGCAGGGUAAACACUGCAUACUUGACGUGUCGGGGAAUGCCAUUAAACGACUACAAGUAGCACAACUCUAUCCCAUUGCCAUCUUUAUAAAGCCCAGAUCCAUCGAUUCAUUAAUGGAGAUGAAUAAGAGGCUAACAGAAGAGCAGGCCAGGAAGACAUUUGACCGGGCCAUGAAACUGGAGCAGGAGUUUGCCGAGUUUUUCACAGCCCUUGUUCAAGGGGACACCUUAGAGGAAAUGUAUAACCACUGCAAAAUGGUGGUAGAGGAGCAUUCAGGACCCUACAUUUGGAUCCCGUCAAAGGAGAAAUUAUGAGAACACACCACUUUGGCAGGGAGAUUGGACUGCUAGAAACAAAAUACUUUGUAACUUAUGAUCAAUUGUAAUGGCAAUUUAUAUUGUUCCUAAUUAUAGCCAAUUAAUAUUCUUUUUUUUUUGUUAUUGUUCUUUUUUUUCACUUUCAAUAUGAAUGUUCCUGAAUGUACACCACAAAGUUCAAAAAAACAUUUUUGGCCUAAAAAAUGUUACUGUUUGUAUAUUUAAUGAUUUUUAUUUUUAAGAAAAUGUUAAGGAAAUUAAAUAAACAUGGGCAUGUGUUCACCUCGACUGCGUGGAAUUUCAAAUGAAUUUUAGAAGAUGGCAGAUACAAGUCAUUGCCACACCAACAAAGGAGGAGGGGAAGGAAAUAAUAUCAGCUUCUUUUGCUUUUCUCCACCCAACAGCUAGCACUUUGUGUCCUCUGACGCUCACCUCACAUCAAUAGUUGACAUUUUGUGUGACUUGCAUCUAUGCACUCACAUGGCCCUUGGACACAGUUCAUCAUACUCCUGCUAUUUUUACAUUGUUAUUUUGUAUUCAUUUUAUUAUGUUGUGAAUCCAGAUUUGUUGGACAUUUUAAAAUUUGAAUAAGAAUUUAAACUUUGUUUAUUUUGCGGAUUCUUUCAUUCUUUCAUUGUUGAGAUGCUUUGAGGGCACAACAGCACAGAAUAUUUAUUAUAAAGAUGUAUAACUUUGAUUAAACAUUUUAUUUGAAAAGGGUAUCUUGUUUGACAGUGCAAUGUUUAUUUGGUGAUGCUGGGCAAAUGGAAAACUACUCGUCAAGAACUUGGGAAUAUAAGGUUCUAUCUGCAUUCUUGUCAAUUAUUGACAGCCUUGUUCUGUUCAAUUAUCUACCUAUAUAGCACAAUUAAUUUUAAAUUCAAAAGAAUACUAUAUAAAUUGCUGACACCAUUCAAACCAAUUAGGGUUCGUAACAUUGAAGCCAAUUAUCUCACUCAUAUUUUUGCAGAUCGAACCUUAGAGUCCCAAGUCCUUUGAGGACUGAUAUUAAAUGCACUGUGGUGGGCCCACAAGUCUAAGGCCGUAUUCACAAAGAAUCCUAAUGUGAAGAAUUGCUCCCAAGGCUGCGUUUACACAGGCAGCCCAAUUCUAUUUUUUUCCACCAAUCACAGCAGCUCUUUUUCAGACCAAUAAGUGAUAAAUCAACAGAAUUGGGCUGCCUGUGUAAACGCCUAUGUGGCAUAGUUCAGAAAUUACACUGUUUUAAAGCAUAUUUAUUUUCUCCAACUUUCAGGCUUCUCAUGAGUUUGAUACUUUAUUAAUUACGGUCUAUCAGAAGUUCAAUGGUCCUUACAUUAUUUCAGAUGUUUUAUACUGUUCUAAUUUGUGGAAUAUUAAGGUAUCACAUUGAAAUAAUCAUCACCUAUGAAGAUACUGAUUGCUCAAUGGCACGGACUGGGGUGACUUUGGAGAUACGCACACACUUGUAGUGCAGAACCAGAUGAUGUGGUGCGCAGUGAAAUGAGAAUAUGCCCCUAACGGCCCUGCUACACUAUAGCCAUGGGACGUCUGUUAUUUCCGUCAGCCAUUGUGGAAAUGCUCCCUUUGAAAUCAGUGAAAGCUGCUUCACUGCCUGUGUAGAGCUGGCGUAGCGUCACGUCCAAUGGCCAGUGUCCAAGCUAACGCAUUCAUUCUAUCUUGUGAAUUGAAAUAAAGUUUAUUUUGGUUGCAUAUGG